AUGAGUGUUGAUCGAUCCAUCCAGCGAGACUUGUGGGAGUUGUUUCAUCUCUACUUCAAUGAUGAAUUUUUGCCUGCAGCAGAGUUGGUAAUCCGCAAUGCCUACAGAUCCCUCCCUGAGGACAAAAAUCGAAAGCGCAGAUCCGAUGACAAUGAUAAGGAGGAAUCGCCAGUGAAGAAAUCCAAACCAGAUACUGGAACAUCAGCAGUUCGCGAAACAAAUAUUCAGAAUUCUUAG